ACCAAAACAAAACAAAAGCUUUAACAACACGAAAUUGUGUAAAAGUGUUGUGUGCUUCAAAAAUACAAAAUUGUAAUUCUUGUGGCAUUUUGGAAAUUAAAUUACGUUAAGUGCAUAAACCAGGCGAAGCAGAAGCAGCAGAAGCACAACAGCAUCAAUAACAGGCGAAAGCAAUAAAAGGAGAAAAGCAAAAGGUGCAAGCGCAAACAAACUCAAUAAGUUGCAAUGUGAAGUGAAAACCGCGCAGCCAGCCAAGUCAACAAGCAACAAAAAAUAAAGAAAAGUUGAGCAACAACAAAAAAGUAGCUGACGCUGUCAGAAAGUUGUCGUUGAGCAGCAGCAGCAGCAGCAGCAGCGCAGCAGCGGGAGCAUCUGCUGUGACGAUUGACAAGACAAAAACAAAAACAAGAGGAGGGAGGCUAAGCAAAAGCGCAACGAGUGAGUGCGGCAAGAGUUUGACAAGUGGCACACACAAGUGGCGUGGCAGCGCCGAAAAGCACGCAGCGAAAAGUUUCGUUUCGUUUUAUUCUAGAGUGAAACUCUUGGCGCUGUGUUUAGUCCAUGGCCGCGUGGCUUUUGUUGCCGUGACCAGGCAACAACAAUUUCAAGCGCUAUGUGCUGGCCAAAUACCGCAACGGUACGUCAACAGCAAACGAAAUAGAGCAGCAGCCGACAAGGACACAUAGAAAACAAAAAGAAAACACAGAGAACAGUUAAAGCAAGAGCCUGCCAGCGGCAAAAGGCACAUGUGAUGCGACAAGGACACUUGAAGUGCCGGCAACACACUUGAGCAGCAGCAGCAUACGAAGCAGCAAACGUAUAACUACUACAGCUAAGAAUAAAAAGAAGAAGCAGCAGCAGCAACAACAACAACAGUGCAGCAAUUGCAGCAAUGCGCAAACAUAAAACGCCGCUGCCAGCGCCGUCAGCAGCCACAAACGCGGCAGGCAGCAACACAAAUACAGCACAAGCAGUUGAUAUGGAACUGCAGCGCAGCUUGCUAGGCCAAAGCAGCGAUACAGCAGCAGCAGCAGCAACAGCCACAACAGCAACUAGUCGUCUGACGUCAAACUGUCAGCAACAGCCGCAGCCACAGCCACAGCCGCUGCUUGGGGUUGGGGGCAGCAGCAGCAGUAAGUCGUCAUCGCAACAGGCCGCGGCCGCGCGUCUAAUGUCCAAAUCAAUGCUGCAGAUUGCCUGCUAUGUGCUCUGCCUAUGCGCGUUUAGUUUCUCGCUUUACUCGAAUGUGCGACAAACGCGCCUCGAGUCGCGUCUGCAGCGCCUGCAGCAGCUGGACGCGCGCAUAGUGGAGCUGGAGCUGCGCCUGGAGCAGCAGCAGCUGCUGCAUUGGCCACUGGAGCAGGCAGCGCAGCUAACAGCGCCAGCUGCCAAUGAUUCAUCAACACAUCUGGCGCUGCAUGUGCGUCGUGAGUUGCAUCGACUGCGACGCGACGUGUCACAUUUGCAGCUAACGCGACGCCAGCAGCGUCGUCAGGCAGCCGAAGCGGCCGCCAAUGCAGCAGCAGCAGCAAUUGGCAAUGGAAAUGGCAGCAGCGGCGAGUGCCAAUGUCCAGCAGGACCAGCAGGACCACCAGGACCGCCUGGCAAGCGAGGCAAGCGUGGCAAGAAAGGCGAUACAGGCGACAAGGGCGAGUCGGGCAUGAACGGCAUAAGCGGCGAAAAGGGCGCAGCUGGCAAACCAGGAGACAAGGGUCAAAAGGGCGACACUGGUCAUCCCGGCGUGGAUGUGUUCCAAACCGUUAAGGGACUCAAGAGAUCUGUGACAACGUUGCACGGCGGCACGUUGGGCUAUGCGGAAAUUGUAGCUGUUAAGGGCGAGCCUGGCGAGCCAGGACCACCGGGGCCACCAGGCGAACCGGGCACGGCGGGCGUUGCAGGCGAGCGUGGGCCAGCGGGCGAAACUGGACCGCAAGGACUGCAGGGCGAGGCUGGGCAGCCAGGACCCAUAGGACCGCCCGGCGUGGCGGGCACAGCUGGCAGCAAGGGUGACAAAGGCGAUCGCGGCGAUCGUGGCUUAACCACAACCAUCAAGGGUGACGAGUUUCCCACUGGCAUCAUUGAAGGUCCACCCGGACAGCCCGGACCACCUGGUCCGCCCGGCGAGCGUGGGGAGCGCGGCGAAAUGGGACCCAUUGGACCGGCAGGACCGCCAGGCGAGAAGGGACCACGCGGCAAGCGUGGCAAGCGGAUAUUUGGACCUGGCGGCACAAAGAUCGAAGAGGAUUACGAUGAUCCACCAGUUACACUGCUGCGUGGCCCACCCGGACCGCCAGGCAGCUCGGGCAAGGAUGGACGCGAUGGACGUGAUGGCAGCAAGGGCGAUGCAGGCGAACCUGGCGAGCCGGGCUCGUUGGGUCCGCGCGGCUUGGAUGGACUGCCAGGUGAGCCGGGCAUUGAGGGACCGCCAGGACUGCCGGGCUAUCAAGGACCGCCAGGCGAAAAGGGCGAUCGCGGCGACAUUGGACCGCCCGGACUUAUGGGACCGCCGGGUCUACCAGGUCCGCCAGGCUAUCCAGGCGUUAAAGGCGACAAAGGCGAUCGCGGCGAUUCGUAUCGCAAAAUGCGGCGCCGACAGGACGAUGGCAUGGCCGAUGCGCCACAUAUGCCCACCAUUGAAUAUCUCUAUGGACCGCCUGGACCACCUGGUCCAAUGGGUCCACCUGGACACACAGGCUCGCAAGGUGAGCGCGGCUUGGAUGGACGCAAGGGUGAUACAGGCGAAAAGGGACAUAAAGGCGAUCAAGGACCUAUGGGUUUGCCUGGUCCUAUGGGCAUGCGUGGCGAAUCUGGUCCCUCCGGUCCAGCGGGCAAAGCUGGCAUACCGGUGUGGGGCAACUACUAAUCAAAUACUUACGUGUAGCUAAAUGUGCAGUCUAAUUAAUUAAGUAACAAAAACGCAUUCAGUCCAAAUCAAAAUGCGGCCAAAACUUACACUUAACACACACAUACGAACACACUCAUGCGCACACACACACACACACAUAAAGCAGCAGGCAAUUGAGAUAAUAAUAUAUUUAACACUGUGGAAGCAAAUCAAAGUCAACGCGCUAGGAAUUGUUCAAAGUUUUCAGAGAGACGUCGCUCUCAGCUCUGCUGUCGUCUACUAUAUAUAUGAUAUAUAUUUAACGUUAACUGUACAUAUGUAUGUAUGUAACAAGUUGUACAUACACAUGCAUACAUCAAACACAAACACGCAAUGCAAAUAGCUGCAGCUACAGUGACUAACAAACCCCAGGAAUGAAAAUAAUAUGAAUGUAGCCCCAAAUUGGAAAAGUAACAGAGCAUAACCAAAGAGUCAAUUGACGCAUGUGCACGUUUAUUGACACACACACACACACAGAUCGCUGCACACUCUAAUAUUUGCAACUAUUAAUUGAAUCAAGCAAACAAGCACACAAAUAAGCGUUGGCAGUCAAACAAAUUGGGAAAUACUGUAAUUGCAGCCAAACACACACAAUAUAAAUCAUACGCAGCGUAUGCCAUGACUGCUUGCAGCAGCUUUUGCAUUGUCUUAGCUGCCGUCCAAAGUGCUUUGUCUAAUAACAAAAUAACUCAACACACAGCAAAGUUUUGGCCUCCCUAAGCGUUGUAUGUAAAAUAUAAAUAUAACAAAUUUUCGCUCUACUGUUUAAAUGUGCUUAAUGUUUUAAAUUGACAACCAAUAUAUAUAUAUACAUUUAAAUUAGCUAGGCUAAAGUUGAAUUAUAUAUUUAAUGUAACCAAUGUCCGUAUUACGAAACUUUUGCCAUGCAAUUCAAUAGUCAAGCGCUUGUUAGAAUUGAUUGAACAUAAACAAAAGGCGAUAUCAAAAAGUUCUAUUGGUUUCAUUGAACAACUCACACACACACAUACACACAUAAUAGACUAAAAGCGCAUGCAUUGCGCAUUGUGAAAAAAUAAAAAGUAUUAAAUAUAAGCUGCAUAUUUAAUAUGCGCGCGCUUUGCCAUUUGAAUGCUUAAAACAAUGAGGCAGGCAAACACAGCAUGCUAGCUAUAUAUAUAUAUAUAUACAU